AUGUCUUUGCUCACCAAUUAUGAGGGGCUUCGGCAUCAGAUCGAGAGGCUAGUACGGGAAAAUGAGGAGCUGAAGAAGUUGGUACGUCUCAUCCGCGAGAACCACGAGCUCAAGUCGGCCAUCAAGACCCAGGCUGGCGGCCUGGGCAUCAGCGGGCUCAGCAGUGGGCUUGGAGAGGGGGCCACUGGCCCAGCGCCACACCAGGGCAACUGUGUCUUUCUGCCCACGUCCCCGGCAGCAGCCAACCAGCCAGGCCUGCAAGAUAUGGGGAUGGUGGCUCUGGCCCCCAUGGCUGACAUGCUGGGCACCCCACAGCCUGGCACCACAGUGGCAUCCAUCGUGAGCCCACUAACAGGCCAGCUCAACGCCCUGCUGUCUGGUUCCAUGCCCAUCUCACAGAGCAACCAGCUCAGCAGCAUCCUGGCCGGGCCCGUGGCAGUGCCCCCAGUGGGCACACUGACCAGCUCCCUGGGCCUGCCUUCCACUGGCCCCCUGACCCCAAUGAGCCCAGUAGCAGUGCCCCCAGUGGGCACACUGACCAGCUCCCUGGGCCUGCCUUCCACUGGCCCCCUGACCCCAAGCAGCCCCAUGGCAGUGCCCCCAGCAGGCACACUGACCAGCUCCUUUGGACUGACUUCAACUGGGCCCCUGGCUCCAAGCAACCCCCUGUUUGCCCCUACGACAGCCCCUACGAAUGUGCCUCAGAACCUGCUGGCCAGCCCCAUGGGCAACCUGGUGUUGUCAGAGACUACCAGGGUACGGCUGUUGGAGUCCACGCGCCAGUGCCCCUCUGGACCCCAGGAGUCAGCUGGCUCAGGCCCCCCUGCCCACACCAGAGCAGUGACGUCCACUGACCGCCCCAGGACUUCCCAGGAUAUGGAGGCCCUCAGCGUGACAUUUGUGGGGCAGCCAAUCCAGACAUCCACCCCUAACAGCCCCACCACAGCCUUCUCCUAUGGCGGCGUCUUCGACCACCGGACCCAGCCCACUGCCCCCCAGGGGCAGGCUGUCCCCGUCUCCGUCCAGGCCUCCUCCAGUGCCUGCUCCAUAGCCCCUGGCCCCACCGCUCCCACUCCCGCCCCCCAAGCUGCUGCCACCAACUGUGCGUCCUCUAGUGGGACCCACAUGGCCCAGGGCGCCACCCAUUCCCCGACCCGUUCGCACCACUCCCCCACCCGGUCCUCCAUCACCUCACAUUCCCAGUCUCGCACAUCUUGUCCUCCGGCUUCCGUCAACGACGCCCGGGGGUCGCGCGCUACGGAAACGACUCGGAAAAGCAUCUUGGAGCUGGAGCGGAAGCUGGCCCACCGCAAGGCCAGUAAGUUCCCUGAGAGCCCCCGAGAGUCAAAGCUGCUGGCCUGGGAACGGCUGGUGGGAGAGAUCGCCUUCCAGUUGGACCGCCGCAUCCUAUCCAGCAUCUUCCCAGAGCGAGUGCGUCUCUAUGGCUUCACGGUUUCCAACAUUCCCGAGAAGAUCAUCCAGGCCUCCAUGAACCCCAACGACAACAAACUGGACGAAGACAUGUGCCAGACCCUCACACAGCGCUACGUGAGCAUCAUGAACCGGCUGCAGAGCCUGGGCUACAAUGGGCGGGUGCAUCCAGCAAUGACCGAGCAGCUGGUGAAUGCCUAUGGCAUCCUACGUGAACGCCCUGAGCUGGCCGCCUCCGAGGGUGGCUCCUACACUGUGGACUUCCUGCAGCGAGUGCUGGUGGACACUGUACACCCCACCAUGCUAACCGAUGCCCUGCUGUUGCUCUCCUGCCUCAGCCAGCUAGCACAUGAUGAUGGCAAGCCCAUGUUCAUCUGGUGA